AUGUCCACCUCCUCAGUCCCACUCAUAAUCAACGGCAAGGAGGAACACACACCUACCUCCUUCGACGUAAUCAGUCCCUAUACUAACCAAACAUGCUGGACUGCUUCCGCAGCCAGACCAAACGAUGCCAUUCGAGCCGUUGAAGCUGCAGACGCUGCGUUCCCAGCAUGGUCAGCGACAAAGCCUGCUAAAAGGCGGGACAUCCUGCUUAAAGCGGCGGAUUUGUUGGAGGAACGUUUAGAUGUUAAUGCGGGGUAUAUGAGGACUGAGAUGGGCGCUGAUGUUGGUGCCUCGCAAGGGUUUGUUGUUCCGCUUGCUGUGAGGAUGUUGAGGGAGGUUGCUAGUCGGAUUACUUCUAUUUGUGGGAGUGUUCCUGUUGUUGAGGGGGAAGGUCAAAGUGCGAUGGUUUUUAAGGAGGCUAUGGGUGUUAUUUUGGGAAUUGUGCCUUGGAACGCACCAUACGUCUUUGGUAUUCGCUCCGCUGCUUGCGCGCUUGCAGCAGGCAAUACGACUAUUCUCAAGUCUUCAGAGUUAACACCACGCUGUUAUUGGGCUAUUGGUCGGGCGUUUGAAGACGCGGGCCUCCCAGCUGGUUGUCUGAAUGUUAUCCAUUGUCGCCCUCAAGAUGCACCGGAGGUUGUUAACGCGAUGAUCGAGCAUCCGGCUGUGCGCAAGAUCAAUUUCACCGGAAGCACGGCUGUUGGUCGAAAGAUUGCGCGGUCAUGCGGACAGAAUCUAAAGCCCUGUCUUAUGGAGUUGGGUGGGAAGAACAGCUCUAUCGUGUGUGAAGAUGCGGAUAUGCAGACUGCUGUUCAGGGUGUGCUUGCGGGUGCCUUUUUAAAUUCUGGACAAAUCUGUAUGGCUACAGAUCGUAUUCUAGUCCACUCGACAAUUGCACCUGCUUUCAUUGAGGCAUUACAGAAAGCGCUGGCCAGUGGUGCAGAUGCUUCAUCUCUCCCGCCUACACUUGUUAACACAGCCUCUAAGUCUCGCGUGGAGUCUCUGAUUUCCAGUGCUGUGGCAUCUGGCGCACACUUCAUCUCCGGAUCAGCAGAGACUAAAGUCCCCUCUGAUUCUGGCGUGCGGAUGGCCCCCUCUAUCCUUGGUGGUGUGAAAGAGGAUAUGUCGCUUUGGCAAGAGGAGUCCUUUGCUUCUGUCGCGGCAUGUAUGAUCUUUGAUAGUGAGGAUGAGGCGAUUCGAUUAGCCAACUCGAGUGGGUAUGGGCUGUCGGCAUCUGUGUUUACUGAGGAUCUGCGGAAGGGCUUGGCGAUGGCUAAGAGGAUUCAAUCGGGUGCUGUGCAUAUUAAUAGUAUGACUAUUCAUGAUGAGCCGGUGUUGCCGCAUGGUGGAGUGAAGAAUAGUGGGUGGGGACGAUUUAAUGCGGCGGAGGGUUUGGAUGAGUUUUUGGUGACGAAGAGUGUUACUUGGAUGGACUAG